CGUGUAAGGAGUUCUGUUUACCGUCACACGGGGGCAGACGUUCUAACUUCGCGCCCGUGCAAUGAAAGCGGACGGCCGCCGGGAACACGCAGCAUACUGAGGUGGGUGGAAGACCUGCUAUGGCGUCAGCCUGCAGCCUGUUCCUGCUGGCGGUGACUGUGGCCGCAGCGGCAGGGACGCCGGCCGACCACUGCCGACCAUCAUGCCCGCAGCUCCUGCCGCAGCUGUCCGGCAUGGUUCGUUGGUGCCGGACGCGGCCCUUGAACGCGACCAUCACCGAUACGGUAGCAGACUGCUUCAAGAACCCCUCAUCAUUCAACCAAGGAUUUAUGAUUAUCGGUGCCUCAUCCGGCUAUGUGGACAUUGUGCGCGGUGAUAGCAAGUGGAUGGUCUGUGUAGCAGAAGGCCUCGGACAUGGAACUGAGGCGCGCUUCGGUGCCGUAUGGGAUCCGUCGGAAGGGCUCUGUCCGGAAAAGUACACGGCAUGGCUCGCCACUUACAAUGCACCGCCUUGCUGGCACUAUGACUACUCCAGUGCUGAAGGGACGACGAUCAACCAACAGCAAGCUGCUGCACUUCUGGCAAAUGACAUAUACAGAUGUACACACUGCAGUUUUGGCAGUACCGAAAAUUCAACUCUGGGGAACCAAGUUUUGGCAGAGGAAAGUUACACGUAUGUUAUAAUCAAUGAUGGAAGCCCUCAGGUGUUUCGCUAUUUGUCUUGCAAUGGGAAUGAUACUCAGAACUUCCCAACCCUGAAAGCGAUGAACGUCAAAGAAUUCACAUGCGAAGAGUGCCACGAGUGGAUUAAGGUCGCCUCUGAUUGCGAAACAGGACAGAAACAAGGUUCCAGUAACAGUACGUGCGAAAGAGAGCAGGUACCACCAACAACGCUGCUGCCAGCAGAUCACACAACAGUCCCUCUGUCGAGGCAGCAAACAACAGCCACAUUAUCGACAGAGAAAGUGGCAACCACACGACUGACAGAGGGAACGACAACCACAAUGUCAACAGAGCAGAAGGCAACUACACUGCUGACAGAGGGAACGAAUUCGCUGUCGACAAAAUGGACAGCAGAUCCCAAGAUAACACAGCCACCGCCAAGCACUGAGAGCAAAUACACGAAGCCAGAUGGAAAUGACAGACUAGCAACUCGUGAGGCAGUUCAGGAUGCGCUGGAGCAACUGAAAUCGCGAAAUUUUACGGACGACUAUCUCAAGAACCCCGCCAAUAUGCUGCACAACCUGGAAAUAGUAGUAACCUCCUUGAACAACCGAACGCGAAAGGAGGCACUAAAACGAGAGGUGCCACUGGCACUCGAGGGAUUCGAGAGAUUUUCCAUGAAGAUACUACGGGACAACUUGAAAAGCGGGAGACGGCUAGUGACGGAGGAGCAUGGAAACUUCACCCUGGUCGUUGCUUCGGGUGUCGUCGGCACGCUGGUCUCUGACAGUGGAGAAAGGAUCAAACUACUCCCACAGGGAGAGGGCUGGACGGUGGAGGGGGUGCUGGCGCUGCCCUCCUCGGCCGGGGUGCUGCUGGACCUUGGGCCCGGAGCCUCCGCCGCCGGCGUCGCCAUCACCAUAUUCCCCCGCGACAUCGCGGGUAACGCCUUCAGCCAGCAGGAAUUCCACCUCAACAGUGACGUCAUCAGUGUACAGGUGGCAGCUUUCAACUCUUCGCUAUCCAUCAACCACGUGGACAUCUUCCUCAGGCCUCGAGUAGUUGGUGUGCGCCGUCGGUGCGGCGUUUGGGACUUGACAACCAAGACCUGGGACUUCAGCGUCUGUAAGCUGCACCAUCGGGGUCAGACGACGGACGUGUGCCGCUGCCGGCACCUGACGCACAUCGGGCAGCUGGUGACGGACGCCGACCUGCAGUGGGGCGACCACGCCAGGCCGCUGGAGACGCUCUCACUGGUCGGCAUCGGCGCUUCUCUUCUGGGCGCUCUGGGCCUCGCCGUCACCGCAGCGCUCGCAGGCCGCUGGCGCCGCAAGGCGGGGACGCGCAUGCUGCUGCAGCUGGGCAGCGCGGUGGCGGCGCGGGACCUGCUGCUGGCGGUGGCCGCCGUCGACGCGUUUCGGCCGUCGUCGCUGUGGCGUCCUGAGGACCCAGACGCGUGCCGCUGGCUGGGCGUGGCGCUGCACUACGCGCUGCUCGCCGCCGCCGCCUGGACCACGGCGGCCGCCGUGUGGCAGCUGCUCAGACUAGGCACGAUCAUCGGGCCUCAGGCGCUGUGCCCACACGUGGUGCUGGUGAGCUCGGCGUGUUCGUGGCUGUCUCCGCUGGUGCCGGUGGUGGCGCUGGUGGCGACCUUAGGGCUGGAGGCGGGCUACCCGCUGCGGCAGGACAGCGCCACGGAGUUCCUGUGCUACCCGCAGGGCGUCGCCCUCUACACCACCGUCGUCUUCCCAUUGGCGCUCUGCACUGCCGCCAACGCCGCCAUCUUCCUCUACUUGCUGCUGGCUUUUCUCUUCCCUGUGUGCCAGGACGAGGUUGACCUAGGAAUCCGACGACGCAGCGCGACGCAGCUGAGGAGGCGUACGCUUUAUGCCGUGAUGCUGUUCUUCCUUCUGGGCCUCCCGUGGCUGCUGGGACCGCCGGCCAGGGUGCCGGCUCUCGCCUACCUUUUCUGCAUCGUCGCCACGCCACAGGGGAUGGCGCUGUUCGUGUUCUUCGUGCUGUGCAACGGCCAGCUGCGCAGCAGUCUGCGGGCAUCGGUGUCUCGUGUGUUGUGGUGCUGGCCCAGCAGCGGCCGACCGCCCGGCUACCAGCGCUCCACCACGACCACCAACACCACACGGAUCAAGGACUCCUUCUCCGACCACACUCCACUGGUGCGGCAGCGGCUGAACCAACUACAAGAGCAGUUGGAGCUCGAUCUCAAGAAGCGCAGCAACAGACCAGCAUGAAACCUCGAGAGACUGUGACGGAAUCCCACGGAUCAGCCCGCCUGAGAGACCAAUACACACAAGACAGUAUCAUGAUAACUUUUUUCUGAAAUAGAAUAUCGCCAUAAGCCUGUAGAUUUGAAGUUUUUCAUUUUUAAAUAACAAUGUUUUCGCUUAA